AAACGCGAAAAGAAAAAAUAUCAAAAGAAUCGGUCUGGCUUGCAUUCCCGUUCUCGCGAUGUCGUCCAAGUUCUCGUCGAAGUCACCGUUGUUCGUUCCUUGUUUCUAGUUUUGUGCUUUCGAUUAAUGUGAAACUGUUCGUUUUGUUGUUUUACGUGGUCAUCCUUCCUCACAAGCGGCCACGAUCGAGUCCGUCUCUUGUUGCUCGUGCUUUAUGUUCUUCUAGCCAGUACCGAAUCUUCGCCUCCGUUCUUGAUCAAAGCAGCAGCCCCCGAUCGAACCCCGUCGGAGAAGACGGGGAAGGAGAACACAAAUCGAAGUGUGCGGUGACGGCGGGUGAUGAAAAUCAGAACCACCGAGCCGGAGGGCACCUCCGCCUGCUGCCGUCUUACGCCCACUCGCCGAACGCAGCGGAUCUGCAGUUCAUCGACACUCCCAUCGCCCGCUACGGUCCCGUUUGCUGAGUUCGAGAGAAAACCCAUCGCCCAGCAGUCUUAACGAGACUGAUUCAUCGUUUUAUGUUGUUCGGCAAUCUGUUCCGGUGUUAUCGCGCUAUCGUGUGCCGCCGCGUCGCGCUUGGGUUGUUUUGGGUGUUCCCACGCAAUCAGAAUCUGUAGCCGAUAUCACCCGGGUGUCGGUAUCUGUCCCUCGGUACGCCGCCUACGCCUCUAUCGUCACCGCACUUCUGGUUAUCAGUGCAACCCCUAACCGUCCAGCUGAGGGGAAGUUCCAAAGGGAAUCUGCAACGGAGAAGUGUCCGCGGCGGUGGUGAAAUCCCUUUACAGCGGCCUUUGUUCCUACUACCCCCCAUCGAAGUGCCUCUCGAGAGUGUAGGUGAUAAAUAAGAAUUCUUGGAAAACGGGUCGUUCUCCGGGGCGCGCGCGCGUGUGUUCCGUUCAAGGCGACAAUGAUACGAGAGCGAUCAGCGCAUUGACACAAUCCAUCAAUAACGGAUCGCGAAAACUACAAAGGCGCAAAGGCGCUUAUUCGCCGCUAACCUUUGCAUAGAAAACGACUCGCGAUAUUGAUAAGCAAUAAUAGGAGCAUUGGAUUCCGUGGAGUGUGUGCAGAUGCACAGUCUGCUGCGAUCGCCCUGAAACAAUAAACGGCGGGUGCGACAUCCUGGCAACCAGAUGGCGACGAUGAACAAGGAGGUCUACCAUGAGGGCUGGCUCAUCAAGUCACCACCGACGAAGCGAAUCUGGCGUGCGCGAUGGCGCAGACGAUGGUUUACGCUGAAGCAGAGUGACGUGCCGGGCCAGUUCUUUCUUGAGUACUACACCGAUCGCAAUUGUCGUAAGCUAAAGGGUACGAUCGAUCUCGAUCAGUGCGAGCAGGUCGAUGCCGGGUUGCGGCUCGAUCGGGAGAAGGAAAAGUACGCCCACAUGUUCGACGUGAAGACACCGACCCGUACCUACUAUCUCGCCGCCGAAACCGAGGACGAUAUGCGAGGAUGGGUGAACUGUAUCUGCCAGGUGUGCAACCUGCAGGAAACGCAAAGCGUCAACGAUCGUCCGUAUUACAAUAUCGGUGCGAUCAACAUGAACGAAGCUGUCAAUAUGGCAGUUGAAACGAGGGCACCGGUAAAGUCGAAUGCCGGACCUGGGACUAAUACGACGGAGACGGACGUUUCCAAUGAAACCGAAACGACCAUUCUGAAUCAUUCGAUGGUGGUUGCGAGUGGGGCAGCAGAGCAGCAACAGCAGCAGCAGCAACAUAGCCGCAGCUACAGCAACAAUCCAUACGGAACGUACCAGAAUGAGGAGAUGAUGGGUUUGAGAUCGACGACCAAUGGCGAAUACAGCAACCGCGAGACGAUCAUCUGUGAGGCGAAGCUGCACACGCAGCAGCAUGCAGCGGCCGAAGCAUACUCGAACCUGGACGUCAUCAUCGAACGCUCCCAGUCACUACGUGGUAAACCGAAUGGACAUGCUGGUGCAUCUGGAGCAGGUGCAAGUGGAACUAAUCACGCAGCCACCGGCAGUGGCACGCUCGUGAACCAUAUGCGUACGCAAUCGCUCAACAUUGAACAGCGUGGCACACGUAAAAUCCCGGAGAAUCUGAAGCUUACCGAACGCUCACCAUCAACCAGUGCGUUCGACAGUGGCCCGGAGCAACCGUCACCGGCACUCAGCACCUCCUCGGGACCGUACAUCCCGAUCAGUGAGUGCUACUCGGGCAGUCCGGUAACCCCACUGAACUCGCUUGAUCCUCGUUUCUACGAAACACCCCGUAGUCAUGCCAACGUAGGCUUCAAUCUGAACGUUAGCAACGAACAACCGUACUCACCGAAGCGCAGUAACGUGGGCCACCAGACAGGGGCCGGCCCAUCGUCACUCGCCAUGGCUCGGGCACCGGGGGUUGUGCCCGGAAGCGGAAAAUCCAGUCCGUCCGAUUCCGAAAGUGUCUUUACGGAUGACGAAUGGACGGCACCGGUGGUUAAUGGAGGUGCCACCGUUGGGGCUAGUGCCGGUUCCGGUGUGAUGAUUCGCGGUACAUCGAACGGUGUAUCGACGAUCGAUCGUAAUACGCGACCCUCGGAUAGUUCGAUCGAGAAUGAUGCCGUCGGUUGGACGUACGUACAGCGGUUCUCCAAGGUACCGAAUGCACCGGAGGACAAGCAGCCCCAGCAGUCCCAACAGCAGCAGCAGCAGCAGCAGCAACAACAGCAAACAAAAGGUGCCUCUAGUGGUGGCAAUGGAACGACAAUCAAAGCUGCUGUCAGUGCUCCACCAAGACCACCGAAACGGGCGAGCAUGAACCUGGAUGGCAUCGAGAAAAGCAAAGAUUUCAUCUCAUCCGACACGGAGAACGUUUCGCCGGCCAUCAUGGGUCCAAAGGAUGCCAGUUCGUGUAUUGAAGAGUUCUACGACAUCCCACGCUCCCAUCAGCAUCCAUACACCGGGAGCAGUAUGCAUCUGGACGGUGAUCUGCUGUCACCGCUUAGCCACUGCGAUCUGGUCGCAUCCAGCACGCCCAAUCUGAUCAGUGAGUUUGGUGGAAGCGUCUGUGGCACGUUGGGCCGCAAUCCACGGCCACACUGCUACACGAAUGCCGCUCCAACCAAGGUGGAGGGCAACGUGUUCCGUUUCGAUUUCAGCGAGCAGCCCGAUGCUCCGGCCAUCAAUCGUCGUCUCAAACCACGAGGUUGCUCGUCGAUGGAUAUCACAAAAUCAAUCGAAUCGAUCACCCAAGGUGUGAAGCAGCUCGGUAGUAGUAGCCAAGCUAGUAAUGUUCCACCGACAACGCCCGGUGCCACUGGUCCAUCGCAAGCGGUAGCGCCGAUGGCGAAGAGUCCACCAACGAUCGAUCGCACCCGGAAGCCUGCCACACCAAACAUCGGCUCGUUGCGUCGCAAGGGAGGACCAGUCGUUUCGCUGAACCUCGCCUCUGGCCAAUCGACGGAGAGCACUUACGGUAACACCACCCAACACGAUAUGUCGUCGCAAGUGCAACUGGUGAGCAUCUCACCAAGAGCACCGCCUGGUAAGAACGAAGAUCGUCUUCAGUAUCUGGAUCUCGACCAUUCGAACAGUCCCCAGAAGAACCAUGGCAACAGCAAUAAUGGAUCUGGUUCGGGAGGAGUGAUGACGCAUGGUAACGAUGCCAAAUCGUCGGCAAGCGGCAAGCAGAAUGAUGCCGGUAGUGGUGUAGGUGUCCACACUCAUAAUACUGGUAGCGGCGCAGGAGCUAGUGCUUCCGCUGGUGGCAGCACACGAUCCCUCGAGAUACCGAAAGCGCCGGUUCCCCUUCUUUCCAACCGCACACCGUACACGACGGUGGACUUCGUGAAGACCGAUGCUUUCAAUCGUAUUCGUGCCGACUCGGAGCUGACCCGUUCGCAGCAACCGCGCCAAAAGGAUCCUUCGACUUGAGGCGGCAGCGAACCAAGCCGCCUUGCUAAGUGCAAUUACUGCAAAGUCUGCCUUAUCAUCGUCUCCAUUAGCAACAACACCAAACAGCUUUGUUCAUACCCUGUUAAAACUCUUCCAUCUGCCUUGCCUGUGCCUUGUUUGUUGAGGUGAUUUGGAGAGAGUGACCAUUCCCGCAGCUUUUUAAUAGCAGCAGUAACAGCAACAAGUAGCAAGAGAGGUGCUACGAGCACAUGAUACACACUAUCCUGUGAUUACGCGAGCGAGGAUGAGGUUACGCACAACGAGCACACGAAGCAGCAUUUGAUCGAAACUUAAAGCUUCCAAAGUAGUAGCGUACCAGCGUACGUUGUUUCCAUGUUUAGCGGUAGUAGAUAGAACACUCGAAAACUUUUCUAUUUUAAUCUUUGUCUAACAUUUAAUGUCCUAAGCUAUCCAUUUUACUCUCGUAGCGAACGUAUCCGUGUACGGCACACGGACGAAAUCCUUCCGUUAGCAUUUCACUCUAUACGAACAGCUUUUACGGUUCUAGCUUUUAAACGAUUUAUCUCGAAUGAUUGUACACUUUCGAAUGUAUUCUUUUUUAGUUUUUAAGAAACGCUCUAGCAACAGAACGAACACAGAUACAGGCAGAGGGACAAGCAAAACGCCACUGUAUAUCGUAUUCCAUUACUACUCACCAGCAUCAGCUGAUCGCGAUUUGAUUUGUUCUGUGCGAUGCCGCAUGAUCGUGGUAGAGUAAACAGAGGGCCUAGGCUUAAUGCAGCAUUUGUUCUAUAUACGCACAAGACUAAACGCACAAAAAAAUAUUAAAAUAAAACACAGAACUGGCUGGCUGAAGUGGCUGAAACAUUGUCAUCUCUCCUUGUUUUUCAGGGAAGCCACGAUCACCGUGAAU